AUGUCGGGUCUCUGCGUGAACCCCUGUGCUACAAGCCUGGAAAAUGAUGAUGAAGUUGCCGUUAAGGUGUUGAUGGAAACAUCAUUAGAGGAGUCAACAGACUUCCUACCUGAGGUAGAAACCUUGUCCAAAGUUCAUCACAAGAAUCUUGUGAAAUUGAAAGGAUAUUGCCAAAACAAGAAGUGCCUCGCCCUCAUUUAUGACUUCAUGUCGAGAGGGAAUCUUCAACAGCUCAUAAGAGGAGGAGAUGACUAUAGUUUGAAUUGGGAACAACGCCUUCAUAUUGCACUUGAUGCUGCACAAGGGCUGGAGUAUCUACACGAGUCAUGCACCCCAUCAAUAGUUCACAGAGAUGUAAAGAGCCCCAACAUCCUUCUAGACAAGAAUCUGGUGGGGAUAAUAUCUGAUUUUGGGCUUUCCCGUGCUUUUAAUGAUGCUCACACACACAUAUCAACAGUUGCUGCUGGCACUCUUGGCUACCUCGACCCCGAGUACCAUGCAACUUUCCAACUCACGGUCAAGACAGAUGUUUAUAGCUUCGGCAUCGUGCUUUUGGAGAUCAUCACUGGCCAACCCCCAGUAUUGAUGGAGCCUCAAACCUUUCAUCUACCAAACUGGGUACGCCAUAAGAUUGCCAUGGGCAGUAUUCAUGACAUCGUGGACAAGAGGUUGUUGGAUCAGUACGAUGCCAGUUCACUCCAGAGUGUGGUAGACCUUGCCAUGAACUGCGUUGAAAACACGGCCAUCCACAGGUCGACCAUGACCGAAGUUGUUUCAAGGCUCAAAGAGUUGUUGCCAGUAGUUUCAAGCGAAAAGAUGUCCGUUUCUGCUUCAACUUGUAGUAUGAACCCCAUGGGUGCUGAAAUUCAAAGGCAAUUUCAGUUGACGAUUUCUGGAGUAACCAACGAGGAGAACUCCUUCCGGUCUGGUUAUACUGGUGGGAUGUCCGAAUUAAUCCCGUUAUCUGGACGGUGAAAGGGAACUCCUACCCAGUUAUUGUUGCAUCUGGUUAGUCAAAGUUUGGUGAUCUGCUCAAAUGUCUCCCUGUUUGUUGUUCAUAAACUGUAAUCGAUUCAUUUUAUGUUUCUGGCACGUCUGUGGUGUUUUCUUUUCUGUUAUGUUUUUGUGCGAACUCUGCUACUUAGUUGCACUAAUUAAUUUUCAAAAAGGAAGCAUAUUCUUCAUGUCAGAACUCGUGAUAUAUUACUCCCUCCAUUUUUAUAUACAAGACCACAAACUCAUAUUACAGAUACCAAGGUAAAAUUGAAUGUCUUGCCUUGUAAACCCGCUUUUUUCGUCUAGUGGGACCAUUAAUACACCGCACAUGCAUCCAAGGAAGGGAUAGGAAGCUUAUUGGAGUGUCAUUAUGAUUGCAUGCAUGCAAGUAUUAAAUAGGUUGCUAGUUCGAGAAAAUAUCAUUAACUUUUGUCUCGAUUACUUAGUGGCCUUGUAUGAUGCAAAGUGUAUUUUUCCAUAGUGGUCUUGUAUAAGUAAAUGGAGGGAGUACUAGGAGUCCCAGACCAAUCCUAAACAAGUUGUCUCCUCAAGCAUUGCUGAUUAAUAAUUCUGCUUAUUUAUUCCUAAUAUGUCACGCAAUGUGUGGAAUAAGCUAAAAAAAAUAGGUGCUACUUUUACCAAACCCUAUGAACAUUUCCCGAGUCAUGGA